AUGCGUAGCCUGAGCCUCUCGACUCUCCUCCGAACCCACAAACAUGCCGUCUUCUCCCACGACGAUCCGCACCCGCCGCGACAGAUCAACGAAGUCGCCAUCGACGACUCGGAAGAUGCACAUGACUUACCCUCUCGAAAGCGCCGUGUUCGUGCUCAGAGCACCGCCGGUACCAUCAAGGGGGUGAUUCGCCGGGCCUCCUUAUCCCUCAAGGGCAUGGUUCAUCGCCGGCCAUCCAUCACAGCCGAGCCUUCUGAGCUCAACAACCAGCCUGUUUCCCAUGCCAGACCGACGAGCGCCCAUCACACGUGGAACCGCCUUCGCCACGCUGCGCCCUUUCGCCGGUCGAGAUCUUUCUACGGCUUUAAUGUCACUGAUGAUGGCCUCUACGAACAGCAAGCACAAAACCCUCAUAUGCCUAUUCCCGCAAUGGGAGAUGAGCCUCCGUACAUUCCCAUGAAUACGGGUGCUGCCGCAAAGGCCUCUGUGGCUCUGCAGAACGAAUAUUAUCACAGACAAGCCAUGCACAGCCAGUGGCUUCAGUCGUCGGGUGAGGAUAGCAACGAUCGUGAGAGCGGAAUCGGCAUCGUCGUCACCCAGCCUUUUAUCGAGUCGGGCCUCAGCGAUGACGGAUCCAUCCUUGCUCAAGAUAGCAAGAUUAGCAGAAUCGAUUUUAUCAAGCAGCUGCCAUCCGAGCUCGCCAUCCACGUUUUGGCCUGCCUUGACGCCGCCGCUCUGGCCAAGGCGAGCGUCGUCUCCAGGCACUGGAAUGAGGUGGUUCGCAACCAGCAUAUCUGGCGAGAGUCUUGUCUACGAGAGAUGACCACCACUUAUGCCACCAGUGAGCCUGUCAAGCCCGGCACUGGCCUGGGCGUUCCCGAAGUUGUUCCCACCAACGAUUGGAAGCAAAUAUACCGCGCCAAAGUUGAGCUCGCUCAGAAGUGGAAGGAGGGCAAGGCCCGUCCCAUGUAUCUCAACGGACACAUGGACAGCAUCUACUGUCUACAAUUUGAUGAGUAUAAGAUCAUUUCCGGUUCCAGAGACAAGACCAUCAGAAUCUGGGACAUGCAAACCCUGGAGUGUCGCCUGGUCAUUGGUCCCCCCGAGGUGGUCAACCACCCCAUGAUGCUGGAAGAUGCCGACGGCAACCCGACUCAUUAUGUCAACUUUUCUGACAGCUAUCGGGCGUCGCCCUCGAUGCCAAAGGUGGCUUCCUUCGAGGAGCACCACAAGGCUUCUAUCCUGUGCUUGCAAUAUGACGAGGAGAUUAUGGUGACUGGCUCAUCGGAUUCCACGUGUAUUGUUUACGACAUGCGCAACGGCUAUCGUCCAAUCCGGCGUCUCACCCACCACACCGCUGCUGUUCUCGACCUUGCCUUUGACGAGAAGCACAUUGUGACCUGCAGCAAGGACAUUAGCAUCUGCGUUUGGGACCGAGCGACUGGCAACCUUCUCCGUCAGCUCCGUGGCCACACAGGCCCUGUCAAUGCCGUCCAGAUGCGUGGAAACACCAUCGUGUCAUGCUCUGGAGACUUCCGGGUCAAGCUGUGGAACAUUGACACUGGCAAAAACAUUCGUGAGUUCGUCGGCCAUACCAAGGGCCUGGCUUGCUCUCAGUUUUCCGAGGAUGGACGAUAUGUCGCUUCGGCUGGCAACGACAAGGUGAUUCGCAUCUGGGACGCCAACACGGGCGAGUGUGUCCGCGAGAUGCGCGCGCACGAGAACCUGGUGCGCAGCUUACACAUUGAUAGUGUAAGCGGCCGACUUGUCAGUGGCAGCUAUGACACGGACAUCAAGGUUUGGGACAUGGAGACGGGCCGUCAACUGCUUGACUUCCCUCGAUGGCACGCCAGUUGGGUCCUUAGCGCAAAGAGCGACUACAGACGCAUCGUCAGUACCGGACAGGAUCCCAAGAUUCUCAUCAUGGACUUUGGCGCAGAGGUGGAGGGCAUUGACAUGUUGAACAGUGCCAAUACCGGCAUCGGCGGUAACAUCUUUUAA